AUGAGUACAUUGAGCUGGAACUGCCGUGGCUUGGGUAAUCCACGGACAGUUCGGGAGAUUGAGGACGUAGUGUCCCGCAAGAAACCCGAUUUUGUAUUUCUGAUAGAAACCAAGGUUAACCGAGAUCAUGCAGAGCGACUUCGGAUUAAGCUGGGUUUCGAAGGCCUUUUUAAUGUGGAUAAUUCUGGAUUGAGUGGAGGACUGGCAUUGUUGUGGAGAACGAAUGAUAUUGCAAGAAUAAUGGGUUAUUCUAAUAAUCACAUAGAUGUGGAGGUGAGUGUGCCAGGGUUUGCUAAGUGGAGGAUGACUGGGUUUUAUGGCUUCUCGAAGCGUCCGCAGAGAAGGGAGUCGUGGGACCUUAUUCGAUCGUUGGCUAGUAGAUCGGAUCUGCCAUGGGUGAUUAUUGGAGAUUUUAACGAUCUCUUAUAUCAGUAUGAGAAACGGGGAGGAAAUCCCCAUCCAGACAGUUUGCUACGGGGGUUUGGAGAAACAAUUGAAGAGUGUGGUUUGACGCAGUUGCCAAUGUCUGGAUAUCCCUACACUUGGGAAAAAGGUUCAACAUCCCUAGCUGAAUUUCGGAGACUAGAUGAAUGUUUGGCUCAUGUUGAGCUACAAGAGGAUACGUACUGGAGGCAGAGGGCCAAACAGCAUUGGCUCAAGGAUGCGGAUUCAAACACCAGAUUUUAUCACAGUACUCCUGCUAUUGAUGAUGAGUUCUUUGGGAGUAUACACUCACGUGUGACAGGCAUACAGAAUGAGAGUUUACUGCGCCCCUUUGAGGAAAAGGAGAUUAAAACUGCAUUGUUUUCGAUGUAUCCUGAUAAAGCACCAGGGCCGGAUGGUAUGAACCCUGGUUUUUAUCAGCACUUUUGGGAUGUAGUGGGUACUGAUGUUUCCUCUUAUAUUCUGAAUUGUUUGAAUACUUGCUCAAUGCCUGAUAAGUUAAAUGAAACGAAUAUUAUCUUGAUUCCCAAGAAGAAAACCCCGGAAAUGGUUUCUGAUUAUAGACCAAUUGCUUUGAGUAAUGUCGUUUACAGAGUUAUGGCAAAGGUAAUUACAGCCAGGAUGAAACCAUUAAUGGAGAGUAUUAUAUCAGAAUCCCAGAGUGCAUUUAUAUCUGGAAGACUAAUUACAGAUAAUAUCUUGAUAGCUGCGGAAGUUGGCCAUUUUUUGAACAGGAAGCAGUGUGGGCUAACAGGUUGGGGAGCUUUAAAGCUAGAUAUGGCGAAGGCUUAUGACCGUAUGGAAUGGGCUUUUUUGGAAAGGAUGCUAAGGGCACUGGGAUUUGAUGAAAGAUGGAUAGAGUUACUGAUGAUGUGUGUAACCACUGUAUCUUACAAUGUAAUGGUAAAUGGUUCGAAGACUGAUGAAAUAACCCCGACUCGUGGUUUAAGGCAAGGUGAUCCCCUCUCACCUUAUUUGUUUAUUAUUUGCGCUGAGGGACUUUCAAUAUUAUUACAACAGGCACAGGCAAAAGGGGAGAUACAUGGAUGUAGAGUGGCAAGAGGAGCUCCCUCAAUUACUCAUCUAUUCUUUGCUGAUAGUCUGCUUUUUUUCAAAGCAAAUACUCAAGAGGCCGGUGUGGUAAAACGGUGUUUGUCGGAAUAUGAAAAAAUGUCUGGCCAGGCAGUUAACUAUCACAAAUCAAACAUUUGUUAUAGCAAGAAUACUCGUGCUGAAAUAAGAGAGGAGAUUGCUGAUAUGUUGGGAAUAGUGCAGGCUCAGAAUUUUGGAAAAUACUUGGGGAUUCCAUCAUUUGUGGGCAGGAAUAGAAAGUCUAUGCCUACCUUUUCAAUGAGCGUUUUUCUACUCCCUAUGACUCUGUGUACUGCCAUUGAACGAACCAUGAAUCGAUACUGGUGGAGAGCGAGAGAUGACCAGGGUAUUCAUUGGAAAGCUUGGGAUAAACUGUGUAUCCCAAAGGAAUAUGGAGGAUUGGGGUUCAAAGAGCUACGUGCCUUUAACCUUGCAAUGUUGGGCAAGCAAGCGUGGCGCUUUCUGACACAGCCUCAUUCGUUGGUCUCAAGAGUAUAUAAGGCCAGGUACUAUCCCACCAAUUCUUUCUAUGAAGCAUGCUUGGGGAAUAACCCAAGUUUUUGUUGGCGAAGUAUUUUGGCAGCACAGGAUUUAAUUUGUGGAGGGGUUAGGCGCUGGAUUGGGAAUGGCAAAUCAACUUUGAUUUGGGAACACCCAUGGUUACAGGAUAUGAGUCACCCGAAAAUUGUAACAGAAAAACCACCCCAAUUGGCACAGGCAAAGGUGAUGGGACUGAUGGACCAACAGACAGGUACCUGGGACCAAGAGAUACUAGCUGAUAUUUUGGAUCCUGGGGAUGUAGAGCAAGUUCUAAAAAUACCUGUGUCACCAGAUUAUGAGGAUUUGUGGUAUUGGUAUGGGGACCCAAAAGGUGAAUAUUCGGUGAAAAAUGGUUAUAGAACAAUCGUGGGUAACUACACCCAAACGGUUGGGACCUUUGAUAAAUGGAAAGUAUUAUGGAAGCUUAAAGCCCCCCCAAGGUGGAAAACAUUUCUGUGGAGAGCUUUACAUGAUAUUUUGCCCACUACGAAGAAUUUACUUAUAAAGAGAGUUGAUAUUGAUCCAACAUGUGCCAUGUGUGGAAUUGGGCAUGAAGAUAUUGUGCAUUCGUUGAUCACAUGUGAUUAUUCGACAAACAUUUGGGCACAAUCCCACCUUCCAAUCCCAAAUAGUGUCACAAAUAUUUUCAGUGAUUGGUUUAAUGAUUUGAUGAAUACUUUAGAUAAUGAUGGAAUUAUUUAUGCAGUGGCACUCUUAUACUAUAUUUGGCGGGCAAGGAAUGGGGCUGUAUGGGAGGCAGUCUUACCCAGGCCUCAGAAAAUAAUUGCAAUGGCAUCAUCAGCUGUGAAUUCUUGGAAACAAGCCCAUCCUGGACUGCGAGUACUGGCCACUUCCUCAGCGGCACCCAGCCGGACUGCCACUGGGGCAGCAUCGUCCAACCGGACUGCCACCGUGGUCGACAGCCACGUAGCUACGCCGAACCCCACGGCAAAUCGCGUUAUUACUGCAGAGCUGCCAGCGCCGAUUAUGGACUCCCAGCCCACAUCACAUAUGAGGAAUCAAUGUUACUUCGAUGCGGCAUACGACCCACACACGAACAAAGCAGCGGUAGGAGCUAUUAUUCUAAAUUGGCAAGGACAUUAUAUUUCGGCUAUGACUGCCCCAAUGAUAAAUUGUUUCUCACCACUAAUGGCGGAAGCCAAUGCAUGCAAGGAAGUUUUGUCGUGGCUAAGAAACCGCGGAAUACAAUCUAUCGACCUCUUCACGGAUUGUUUGGUACUACAACAAUACCUAUCAUCUACGACGCACUCGUCAAGAUCGUACUUGGGAUAUGCCGUUGAUAGUUGCAGGACUAUUAUGUCGUCUUUUGAUUAUUGUUUACUUCAGUAUGUUCCUAGACUAGAUAAUUAUUUAGCUCAUACUUUAGCAUCUACUGCUUUUACUCAGACAACUAGUAUGUACUCGGAUUAUGAUCCGCCAGCAUCUAUUUCUGCAUAUUUUCAAUAA